AUGAGUCAGCAACACGCGCCGUCCGCGGCCGCACAUCGCUCAUCGCGCUACGCCGCCGCCUUACCGCUCUGCCGCACCACGCGUCCGCUGGGCGCGUCGCGCGGGCCGCGGGCCAGGCCCGCGAGCCUGCUGCUUCUGGCCGCGUGGCUGGCGGCCGUUGCUGCAGAGCUCGCCUGUCCUCAAGAGUCACCGGCGGCUACGAUCGCGUGCACCUCCUGCCGAGCGUACGAAAACGCGCGGGAAUACAGCUUAAGAGUGGUCCGCGAGAGUCUGCUGGCAAAGCUCGGCUUCACUCAGGCCCCAAACACUACAGGGCGUGAAUUGCCGGAAGUGCCCGCAGCCCUCAUGGCGCGUUUUGAGCGCAGGAAACCGCCGCUGGGCGUGCAGGCUGAUGCAUCAGCUCCGACGCGAACCUUCGUCACUCAUACAGAACAGGACGACUUCCUCGCGCGCACCGACAAUGUCGUCAUUUUUGCCCGUUAG